CUUAUCAAGAUAGUAGUCACUAGUUUCCACAAAAUUCAACUUUAUAUAGCUUUGUCAGUGUACACCAAAACUUCAGCCCCAACAUAACCAAACUUCAAAGCACAUAAAUCCUCUGCGGCCUUAUCUUCCUCAUGGGUUCUCUCGGAAUUGAAAGCUCCAAACCGGAGGUUGUUACCAUUGAUGUGGUUGCUGCCAAGGGUCUGAUCCAGACCACCCAUGUUUAUCUGGAUGUCAGGACGGUGGAAGAGUUUGAGAAAGGACAUGUGGAUACAGUGAAGAUUAUUAACAUUCCUUACAUGUUCAAUACACCGGAAGGCAGGGUGAAGAACCAAGAGUUUCGGAAGGAGCUUUUAUCUGCUUGCAAGAAAGAAGAUCACGUCAUCGUGGGUUGCCAAAGUGGAGUGAGAUCUCUGUACGCAACUGCUGAUCUUCUGGCUGAAGGCUUUAAGGAUGUGAGCAACAUGGGAGGUGGUUAUGUGGACUGGCUUAAAAAUGAAUUUCCAGUGAAGGCAUCUUUAGCAAAAACGGAGUAUGAAUUUCCAGUGAAGGUGGAGGCAUCUUUAGCAAAACCGAGCCUUGAUCAGUUAUAAAUUAACAUGCAUGAUCGUUCCUCUAUGUAUUUCUGACUGAUUUCCAUGGAUAUUAACCAUAUUAUAUUAUAUCAUAUCAUUUCAUAUUGGGUUAAACAA